GUUUGCGUCAUUUUUACGUUCCAGCAUGGCGGCGCCCAGAGGUCGGCCGGGGUGGAUGAGGUGAGGGAGCGAGAGAAAGAAAAAGGCUUGUAAGGAAGCAGUGUUGCACUGUUUUCAGUUGACGUGAGUUGGCUUGAGUGCGUCAUCAUGAAUGCCCAUCCAGCCGGGAGUCAGCUUGUUAGGAUUUUAAGACUGUGCAGCUCUUUCCCUCGAGCGUUUACUGCAACUGGAUAUAGAAGUUGUAGCACUUUGGUCCAAAAAACUGGAUUUCUGUCAUCAAGGAAUCAAAAUGGCUUCACUUACCAUUUGAAUAAUUGUAUGAGCUUAACUUUAGUCCACUUCCAAUCUUCCAAAAGGACUUCCCACAUUCCAAGCAAAGCAGAAGAUGUAAAUAACCAUGAAAGGGAAACCAGAGACUCUAAUGUUGAAACCACUAUUUCCCUUAACGAGUCAACAAAUGCCACAUCCUCGCAGUUCAGAGAACCUACCGCUGAGGUUUCUUCCACAGAGCAGAAAAGCAUGUCACUGAUGGAGAGGAAACGAGUUUGGGAAGAGUACUACGAUGAGCUUCAGCAGUGCACCUCUCCCAGUGACGUGUUGGACUUAUACAGGCAAUCUGACGUGACCUGGAAGCAUAUCAGCAACUCCCUAAUGGCUAUGUGGGAAACCACAAAGAAAUUGUCGGACGAUCAGAAACGUUACGAGCGGAAGCUGAUGUUUGAGCACCCUGUCUUUGAGAAGAUUUGUCAGCAGACCUUGAAGGAAGUUCGGCUAAUGAGAUGUAGUGACUUGGUGUAUAGCCUUUUCGCUUUGGUAAAAAUGGGAGUGUCCCAGGAUAGCCAUGUUAUUCAUACACUACUGAGGGCCUCCCAGGAGCGUCUGAACGAGUUUGAUGAGCGGGCUCUCUCGGUGCUGUCCAGCUGCUUGAGAAGCAUGGAGGAGAGUAAAAACGUCGUUGCAUUGCGAGCAGGCCUGAGGCUACUUGUGGAACUGCGUAUCCCAAACAUUAAGACAGUGAUGGGUCUGCAGACCAUGAUGAGGUGUAUUGGUAAAGAAUCCCCACUGCCUCUGAAGAAGAAACUGGAGAACAAAGCGCUGUCAUUGCUGAAUCAGUUCACUCUUCCAAACUCGCAGUACAUGUUCAUCACUUUGGCAGCCAUGGGUUACCGCUCGUACCCACUCUUAGAGGCUUGCAGUAACAGGAUUAUUGACAAUAUCCACAGCAUCCCAUUUUGGCGACUUGUGCAGAUCUUACAGUCGUGCAAGGACCUCGGUUACCGGAAUCCGGCUCUUCUCACGGCUGCUGGCAACCACAUGGCUUCCAUGCUAGCUGUCUGGGAGGUGAAGCAGCUGAUCAUCUUGCUAACACUGCUCGCCGAAUUCGGAUUCCGUCAUAUUGAGCUGAUGGACGGCUUCGCACAGAUGGUGCCAGCAAGAUCUGAAUCCCUAACUUUUAACCAUGUGCUAUCAACUCUUCGUGUUUACUCCCUGUUGAACCAUUACCCAGAAGAGGGGCACAUCAAAUUUGUAGAGACUCUCAUCGAACUGUUUCAAUCACACAUGUCAAAGUGUUCAUCGGUGGAGUUGCUUCAGGGAGUUUACUACCUUUGUCUAAUGGGACACUAUCCCCCAGCUGUACUAAACCAUCUCUUCCAGGGUGAGGUCCUGAGCAAGCUCCAGUCCUCAGACCAUUUCAAUCGAGCGUCAAAUAAGCGAAUGCUUCAGUGCAUCAAGCUCUGUAUGGAGUUGGAGAAUCCUUCUUUUGCCAUGCCCGACAUUGCUGGGAUCGCAGAGCCCUUGCCAACCAAUAUUGCGGUAAACACAGCCAUGAAGGAGGUGGUGGAAACCAUCCUGGGUGACAGUAGCCUGUAUCGCUGUGGGUCGGUGUUGAGAGACAUUCAUUUGAUCGAUUUUGAAUUUGCUUUGGACCAGGAGAGAAAACAUGUAGUACCUUUUCCUCAAGAUGAUGAAAUUGUCCAGAGUACCAAUGUACAGAGAGUGGCAGUGCUGUGUGCACCAGUAUCUGCCUUUUGUCUUGGGACAGGGCAUCCCAAAGGCAAGCUGGCACUGGAGAUCCGGCAUCUCAAGGCACUGGGCUAUCAUGUGGUAUUGGUGUCAGACCAUGAGUUUGGAAAGAUGUCAGAAGAUGAAAGAGUUCAGUUCUUAACGAGAGCGAUCUUUGCAGAAUGAAUAGCCUUUGAGAACUCACUGAGUGCCUGUUGUGGACAAGAUGUGGUCAACUGGCUCAGCCCCUGACAACAUGGCACUCUCCAACGAAUGGAAUCUCUAACUUGAAGCAGUGCCACAUUUAUCCUGAACCCAAUGACAGUUGGAUGUGAAUGAAGCCAUAUCAGAUGAACCUGAAUGUUUGUUUUAGUGAUGAUGCCCUGGAUAUCAUGGCAAAGGAUGAGUUUGACGGACCAUCUUCUGCAGUAUGUUCUUCCCCUAUAACAAGAAUACACUCUCGAUUAACUUUUGGUUUUGUGGGACAACUGUGCCUUACAAAUGAGAGUUUAGGCUCAAAUUUGUUUUUCCUUGGGAGGCAACCAAAAAGUAUAUUUUUAAAAAAAAUUUAGCAAUAGAAACUACCUCCCUACAAGAUGCAAAACCCCAUGCAUACUGCAAAUAAGGAUAAACAAAAACCAUUGGAAAUGCUCAGCACUUCAGGCAACAUUUGUGGAGAGAGCAAGGGUUACCCCGAUUCUGUCUCCACAGGUGCUGCAUGAUCAGCCAAGUAUUUCCUACACUUACUGUUGCCAUGCUUCCACUGCUGGAAUGCUGUUGUUGGGCUUCACAGAACAGGUACAGCUUUGUGUGAAUAAUGUGAAUCAGAGCCACAACAGACAUGUUUAAAAAAUAAAAUGAAUGAUACAAGUGACAAAU